AUGGGCACUGGGCAGCAAAUCAGCAACAGGUGACCCAAUUACCUCCCAAUUACCUCCUUGAGAAUGGUAGUCAACUGUAGACAUGUAGAGAGAAAAAAAAGAAAGAAAACAAACACCACAAAAGCACAAAGAACAAAUGAAAAAUAAAGUCUCAAGAGGUGUGGUUAAUGAGUCGGGUGGAGGGAAGUCAGUGUCAGUGAAGAAGGGAGGUUCUAUUACGCUACAGAAUGAUGUUAAAGUACAGAGAGAUGAUCUAAUAGUGUGGAGGUUUGGAGAUAAAGGUGUCCUCUUGGCUAAAUACGAUGUUGAAACUACUUCAUUAAACGGUUCUGAUGAGAGAUUCAGAGAUCGACUGCAGCUGGAUCAUCAGACUGGAUCUCUGACCAUCACAAACACCAGAACCACAGACUCUGGACUUAAUGAACUACAGACCACAGGCCGUGAGAGCUCACAGCAAUUCCUUCUUUCUGUUAAAGAUCCAGGUGAUCCAGGUCUGUCUCUGGGUACAGUAGUAGGAAUAGUUUUUGCAGUUGUUGCUGCAGUAGCAGUUAUAGCUGGUUUGAUUUACAUCUACGUGAAGCCUAAACUACAAAAACAAACAUUGAAGACAAAAAUGUGGGGAAAAUCUGUCACUUUAUCCCCUAAGACUAAAAUAAACAAAGGUGAUCAGAUACUGUGGCUGUUUGAAGAUGAAAAGACUUGCAUUGCUGAAAUCAAAAAAGGGAUCAGAAAGAUAAAAGAUGAUGUUCCUGAUGGGAGAUUCAGCGAGAGCCUGGAGCUGGACAAUAACACUGGAUCUCUGACCAUCAAAAACAUCACAAAUGAACACACUGGACUCUAUAAACUGAAGAUCAGAAGAGGCAUAAAGACCUUGUAUGAAGAAUUCUCUGUUUUUGUCAGUGAGAUGAUGAUAUCAGUGACGGAGGGAGAAUCUGUCACUCUAGACCCUGAUACUGAAAUAAACAAAGAUGAUCACAUCCUGUUGUGGUUUGGAGAUGAAAAUAUGCUGACUGCCAUAGCUGAAAAACAUAGAGAGACCCAAGAGAUGCUUACAUACGAGUAUGCUGCUGAUGGGAGAUUCAGAGAGAAACUGAAGCUGGACAUGAACACUGGAUCUCUGACCAUCACAAACAUCAGAACUGAUCAUGCUGGACGCUAUAAACUAGAGAUCAGAGGCAGCGGUGGUGGGGUUUCAGAAAAGACAUUCAUUGUCACUGUCAAAGAUAAAGUGGAGGAGAAAUUACUGUAUGGAGAAGAAUCUGUCACUCUAAAUCCUGAUACUGAAAUACAGAAAGAUGAUCUGAUGCUGUGGAUGUUUGGAGAUGAAGACACUCUCAUAGCUCAAAUCAAAGGACAGAACGGAGAGAUCAUUAAAUAUGAUGAUGUUGCUAAGGUGAGAUUCAGAGAGAAACUGGAGCUGGACAAGAAGACUGGAUCUCUGACCAUCACAAAAAUCAUCGCAAACCACACUGGACUCUAUAAACUACUGAUCAUCAACAGCAGAGGCACCUCAUACAAGAAAUUCAAGGUUUUAAAGCAAGUGAGGUAUGAGUAUGUGAUUGAGGGAGAAUCUGUCACUCUAAAGACUGAUGCUGAAAUACAGAAAGAUGAUCAGAUCGAGUGGAGGUUUGGAGAGAAAGACUCUCUCAUAGCUGAAAUCAAAGGAGAGACUGGAGAGACCAGUAUAUAUGAUCAUGUUCCUGAUGGGAGAUUCAUAGACAGACUGCAUCUAAACAAGAAGACUGGAUCUCUGACCAUCACAGACAUCACAACUAUUCGUGCUGGAGUUUAUAAACUGAAGAUCACCAGCAGCAGUAAAGGAAAAACAAACAGGACAUUCAUUGUUACUAUCAGUGCAAGGACAAACCCACUGAAGAGAAAGAAUGAAAACCGAAAGAAUGAAUCGGUGACUGUAGGGAUGCCGCUGCUGAAUCGAGGUGAUGUGGAUGUAGUGAAUGAACACCCUUAUGAAAAUUAACCAUGGUUUUACUAUGAAUUUAAAAAAAAAAUGGUUCUUGUAGUUAUUCCAUGGUAACAACGAACUAACCAUGGGUUUGCUACAAAACAUAGUUUAACUAGGUUUUGUUGAGGUUAUACAAAUGGUAGUCAAUACACCAAAAAAGCAUAGUUUUACUAUGAUUAAACCAUGGUUACUUUGCAUAAGGGGUUGAUGGGGAUGAGUUCACUUUAAUGAGAUAAGACACGCCCACCAGUGCCAAUCACUAUGACAUCAUCAACAUUUCAGCUCCAGCAACAAACAAAAAACAUUCCUAAUUUAAUGAGCCUCCAGUAUCUUUCCAGUGUAAGUAAGAAUGAACCGAGUCUGUUGAGCUGUUAAACCCUCAUGUACAAAGCGUCUUUGGUUUUUAGACAAACCAAGAAACAUGUUAAUCAAAGACUUUCAUAAUAUAUCAUUUUAAAAAUGUUACACUUCAUACCUGUUACUCUAUUAACAUAAUACUAGUUUGACUCUCACUGCUUUGAAUUUGUGUGAUUGCAGACAGUGAGUUUAAGUAAUAUCUUGCUUUUUAUAAGAUGUUUUACCACAGCAGUGUUUCUUUAAGCAGUUAAUGGGCUGUUUCAUGUAAUUAACACCAGUACGGGAUUGUUGAUGUUCAGCAUUGAUCACAGUGUCUUUAAAGCUGAGAUCACAUGACCUUUUCUUCAUGUGUAGAAAUCCAUUAGUGUGUGAAAGAAACAUCUUCGAUCAUUCAGUGUCACUCAACUUCACUGAAAGUGACACUUAUGUUGUAAAAGAAAACCCCAAGUUGACAAACUUUUUAACAUUUAUUUUUAUUUACAUUGUAAAUGUGUGCCUUAUUUUGCUAUAUAAAGUAAUUAUGUUCAAAUUAGGUUAUGAUCUCAAGUGAAUCUGAAUGUUAAAAUGUAAAUGUGAUUGAAAUUAUUUGUAUUCAUGUUCUAUUUCACUUGUAGCAAAAACGCCUUUGUUGAAUCAUAGUUUUUAUUUGCAUGAUACCACAUUGUGCUGUGCCUUGUGUUUUAUUAUUUUUGACAAAAGCAUCUGUUUUUAAUGAAUACAUGUAAGACAUAGAUAUGCCGCUGAUUUUAUUAUUUCUGUUCUCUAGUCUAGUGGACAAACACUUAUUCAACUUUUGCUUCCUAACAGCUGUUUUAACAUGGAAUAUAAACAAUGUACCUAAAUAUACAUAUGUAUGUGAAUGUUACAAUAUUAAUAAAUAAAAAGUCAAAA